AUGGCCCUCCCGUGGAUAUACCCCGUCCGAAUCGCCCAAGCACUCUUCGGCGUGAUCGUGAUCGGUUUGACAGGAUAUGUGGUUUCAUUAUUCUACAAUGGAUGGUCAUACUCGGAUACCGUCAACUUCCUCCUCUUCCUCGGUUGCUGGACUGCCUUUGUAGCAGUGCCCUACCUCGUCGUUGCACCGAUAUGGUUCCCUCGCCUUGCACACCGCUUUGUGAUUCCGGCUGUUGAAGUGAUCACCAUGAUCUUCUGGUUUGCUGGGUUUAUCGCUCUGGGAGCGAUAUUGCCUGCGCCGAGGUGGUGUCAUGGCAGUGCAUGCAGCUCGCUCCAGGCAGCAACGGUAUUUGGGGCUAUUGAAUGGGUACUUUUUGCGGUCACCAGCUAUUUCAGUAUUGUCGAUCUUAUGCACCACCGCGGGGCAGAAGCGAAAACACAUACGAAUGUGCAGAUGGGAGUCUGA